AACUUUUUUUUUUUAAUGGAGAAGUUUGGAAUUCAAAACCCAAUACUGGCAGUCUCAUUUCUUCUUGUUCUGCUUCUCUUCAUCUGUUUCGCUUCAAGUCAAAACGAUGACGUUCAGGAAGGCUCCGUAUCCGAUCACGAACCAGUUCGGAUCCGGGUCGGAUUGGUUUUGAAUUUGGAUUCCGUGGAGGGGAAGACAGUGAGAAGCUCUGCUUCAACGGCGCUUUCCGAAUUUUACGCCAUCAACAGUGAUUACAAAACAAGAGUCUCUCUCUCAAUCAGAGACUCUCAGGGAGAGCCUCUCCUCGCUCUCGCUUCUGCUGUAGAUCUGCUGCAAGCUGAAGGAGUGGAUGCGAUCAUCAUCGGCGGGAGUUCGUUGCUGGAGACGAAGCUGUUGGCGGAGAUUGGAGAGAAAGCUAGGGUUCCUGUGAUCUCACUCAACUCUCCGAUCUCACCGUCGUUGAGCAGAUACAGUCAUUUGAUCCAAGCGACGCAUGAUUCUUCCUCCGAGGCGAAGGGGAUCACAGCUUUCAUCCAUGGGUUUGGUUGGAAGAGUGUUGCUCUUGUUUACGAGGAUGAAGAUGACUGGAGAGAGAGUAUGCAAAUCAUGGUGGAUCAUUUUUAUGAGGAAGGCGUUGGUGUACAGUCCAAGGUUGGUUUUGCAAUGACUUCUAGCGAGGAAAUGGUUAUGGAUCGGUUAGGGAAGAUGAAGGACUUGGGGGCGAGUGUCUUUGUUGUGCACUCGUCUGAGGUUGUUGCUACUCGUCUCUUCACAUGUGCUGAGAGAUUGGGGAUGAUGGGUGAAGGUUUUGCUUGGAUCCUCACUGCCAAAAGCAUGAGCAGUUUCCAUGAGAACAGCGAUGGUUCUGGAGAAGAGGCAAUGGAGGGUGUGGUUGGGUUCAAGACUUAUGUUCCAAUGUCAAAAGAGCUUCAGAAUUUCACUUGGAGAUUGAGAAGUAAUGAAGAAGAUGUUUGGUCGGAGAAAGCUCGGUUGAGUAUCUCUGAUGUUUGGGCUCAUGAUGUAGCUUGGGCACUGGCGAGAUCAGCGGAGAUGGUGAAUGCUUCAUCAACUCUCCUUGCGGCUAUCACUGAGUGUAGGUUUAAGGGUUUGAGUGGUGACUUUCGAGUGAAGGAUAAGAAGUUCUUGUCAAACAAGUUUGAGAUUGUGAAUUUGUUGGAAUCAGGUGAGAGGAGAAUAGGGUUCUGGAAUGGCAAUGGUAGUUUCAGCAGUAGAAGACAUUUUAAUAAGUUAGAGGAGACCAUAAUCUGGCCUGGUGGGUCUGCUCAAACUCCGGGAGGGCGCGCUCUUGGAGAAAGCAAAAGAAGAAAGCUGAGGGUUUUGGUUACAUCAAGCAACAGGUUCCCAAGACUGAUGAAGGUGGAGACUGAUCUGGCAACAAAUGUUACAACUGCGGAAGGGUUCUGUAUAGAAGUCUUCCGGGCUGCCAUUUCACCUUUCAACUAUGAAUUGGAGUUCAUCCCUUGGCGCAAUGGAAGUAACUACAACAGACUUGCAUAUGCACUUUAUAGUCAGAAAGAUAAAUAUGAUGCAGCUGUGGGAGAUAUUACAAUCACUGCCAAUAGAUCAAUGUAUGUUGAUUUUACGAUGCCAUUCACCGAGAUGGGCCUUGGAACUGUAGCACCAAAGGAGACAAGUAUGUGGGUGUUCUUCCAUCCUCUAAAACGAGACCUUUGGAUAACAAGUGCAGCUUUCUUUGUCUUGACGGGCACUAUAGUUUGGUUGAUAGAAAAACAUGAUAACAAAGAGUUCCAGGGUUCUUGGCCGAAACAGAUGGGAGUUAUAUUUUGGUUUGGCUUCUCUACCCUUGUUUAUGCCCAUAGGGAGAAACUACAACACAACUUAUCAAGAUUUGUAGUUACAGUUUGGGUAUUUGCAGUGCUCAUAUUAACUACAAGUUAUACUGCAACUUUGACAUCAAUGAUGACGGUGCAACAGAUACGAUUCAACUCCAAUAAAGAUUUCGUGGGGCAUCUUUCCGGCUCGCUCAUUGCAAAGAUGGCCCUAACUAGUCCCAGAUUCCGACCAACAAAUACCAAGGGUCUCAAUACUUCUACAGAUUAUGCUCAAGCCUUGUUGAAUAAUACUGUCUCAUUUAUUGUGGAUGAGUUGCCAUACCUCAAAGUCCUCCUCGGAGAGAAUCUUGGGAAGUUUCUUAUGGUCAAGGCACAAUGUAACACCAACGGUUUCGGCUUUAUGUUUCAGAAGGGCGAUGAGUUGGUGCCUCUUGUGUCCAGGGAAAUCUUGAACCUGAGGACGAGCGAUAGACUUAUCGAGAUGGAGAAAAGAUGGUUUGAGAAUCAACUUCCAUACACAGCAGAUGAUACAUCAAAUCCUGUAACCCUUUAUAGAUUCCGUGGAUUGUUUAUGAUCACCGGAGUUUCUUUCGCUUUCGCUCUGGUGGUGCUUCUCAUUCUCUGGCUCCGAGACAAAUGGGAAGAUCUGAUGUGUUCGGUCAACAUAUUCCUCUCGCAACGACUUGUACAUUUUAGGAUCCUCUUCGCAAGAACUAUCCAUCCCAACACCCUUGAUAACGCCGAUGGCGAGAAUGCGGUGCAAAUGGCUCAACGUAACUGAAGAUAGGAACUGAUUCAAACAUAGCAAAACGUACAUUACCAUUUGUACUUAGCAUCCUAAUACAAGUAGAUGCUCAAGUUUUUUGGCGUGCUGUGCCCCUGAGUCUCUAUAGCUUACACAAUUGUUGUGACGUUGUUGCUUUGACCUAGAAGCAUCACCAAACAAGCUUGCCCCUUCGUCCUCCAGUGGUCCGUCAACUGCGAUAUGGUUCUUGAUUCAAAUCG